UUCUGACAGUUUGAGUAAAACUCCGCCUCUGCAGAGAUUUAAACGUAACAGAUCCCGGACUGGCACACGAGAUGCAAGAUGGCUCAGCACAGAAAACAGGUGUGUCCCCAGGACCCUUACAAACCCUUCCAGGACUACCUAGGUUUUAGUGACAUAGCCUGGAAUAAAGAUUUAGUGUCUAACCUCACAAACCUAAUGACAUAUUCGCCAUCCUUUUUUGACGACAAUAGCAGUGACGGGGAAUUUUUCGGAGCCACCUUUUCUGGAGGAUCGUGUGUCGGUACGUUGAAUGACCUGGGAUUCCGGCCCUUCGACCCUCUGGACGCCAUGCGGAGGGACUCUUUGGAGGAUUUCAGGCAUAACGGCCGGGACGUGGAACUGGACGAACUGGACAGCUACCAAGUGGAACUCCGGAGACAUUCGUCAAUUUCCGUCCAGCAGGAAUCGAAUCCGGUGGUUUUGGAAGUAAUGGCAUUCAAAGAACGGAAGCGGGCUGCCAGGAGAGCUAAGCAAAAGAAACUGUGCGUUUUCUGUAAAAACAACGGAGAAACUGUUGUCAUCUACUCCAGUCACGUGCUCAAAGAUGAAGAAGGGAAAGUCAGCUGUCCCAUACUCCGUAAGUACACGUGUCCUCUUUGCGGGGUUUCUGGGGACAACGCCCACACAAUACGCUAUUGUCCCAAAAACGAUGGUGACCUCUCUGCACCAAGCCUUACACAACUUCAUGCAAGACGCCUAGCAACAGGAAAGCGACGCCGCGACAGUGACAGCGAAAGCAGUAACUGAAGGGUGCAACAUUGCGUCAUGGUGCAUUCCAACAAAAAUGUGAUUCUGGACACCGGAUCUUUAAUG